AUGGAUGUGGUAGGGGAGAACGAGGCUCUGCAGCAGUUCUUCGAAGCUCAUGAGGCCGGUGACAGUCUGGGGAAUCCGGAGCUGGAUACAAGUCUGCUGGAGGAAUUCUUGGGCAAUGAUUUUGAGCUGGGGGCCUUGCAAGGGCAGCUUCCAGAUACUCCACCUUAUUCUGCGUCCGACUCCUGUUCUCCUCCACAGAUCCAAGGUGCAUGCUGCCCAGCGGUGAGACCUGCAGCCGGGAGGACUUCAGCUACUUUGCGCCACUCUGAGGCUGGCCCUGCGACGCUACCUGCGCAGCUGGCGCCGAGCUCGUAUGAAACGAGCGACUCUGCCCACAUCCCCAGCGGCUUCCACAACUGCUACCCAGGCACCAGUCAUCUUACGACCUCCCCGGACCAUUGCGUGUCCUGCCAUCUGGGGAUAAGCCGUCCUUACCAGCAGCAGCCUCUGUGCCACAGCCCUGGAACCUCGUUGCCACCAACCAAGAAGAGAAAGUGCACACAGGCGCUGGAGAACCCCGAGGACCAUCAAGUGUGGGCCCACCACUCCAGACCAAUGACAAAUAGGAGUCACAGCAGUGAAGUGCAAGACUACGACAGUGAGGGACAGAACAUGAUGCCUGUGGACCAGUGUUCUCCUACUCUGAAGUGGCAGCCAUACCAAAGUGUUCCUUGGCACAGUUUGUUAAAUGGUCAUUAUGAAAACCUACCCAAUAUAGGCUAUCGAGUUGUCACAGACAAAGGAUUUAAUUUUUCACCAGCAGAUGAAGCUUUUGUUUGCCAAAAGAAAAACCAUUUUCAGAUAACCAUCUAUAUCCAAGUUUGGGGAAGUCCAAAAUUUGUCAAAACCCAAAUGGGCCUAAAGCCAAUAGAAAUGUUUUACUUGAAAGCUUUUGGGGUAAAGGUAGAAGCCACCAAUCAAAUAAUUGCUAUCGAACAAUCCCAAGCAGAUAGAAGCAAAAAGAUUUUCAAUCCUGUUAAAAUUGACCUGCUGGCUGACCAGGUCACCAAAAUCACACUGGGCCGGUUACACUUCAGUGAAACUACAGCAAAUAAUAUGAGGAAGAAGGGAAAACCAAAUCCUGACCAGAGAUACUUCAUGUUGGUGGUUGGACUGUAUGCCGCUAACCAAGAUCAGUUCUAUCUGUUGUCUGCCCACAUCUCUGAACGGAUCAUUGUAAGGGCCUCUAACCCUGGGCAGUUUGACAAUGACAGUGAUGCAUUAUGGCAGCGAGGACAAGUUCCAGAAUCUGUUGUUUGUCAUGGUCGAGUGGGAAUCAAUACAGAUGCGCCGGAUGAAGCCCUGGUCGUCUGUGGCAACGCGAAAGUGAUGGGGACAAUUAUGCAUCCCUCUGACAGCAGGGCAAAGCAGAAUAUCCAGGAGGUUGACACAAGCGAGCAGCUGAAGCGAAUAGCCCAAAUGAGGAUUGUUGAAUACGACUACAAACCUGAGUUCGCAUCUUCAAUGGGAAUAAACACUGCCCAUGAAACAGGAAUGAUCGCCCAGGAGGUACAGGAGAUCCUGCCUAGAGCCGUAAGAGAGGUCGGUAAUGUCACCUGUGACAAUGGGGAGACGCUGGAGAACUUCCUUAUGGUUGAUAAGGACCAGAUCUUUAUGGAAAAUGUGGGUGCCGUGAAGCAGCUCUGCAAACUAACCAACAACCUUGAAGAAAGAAUAGAAGAGUUAGAAAUAUGGAACAGAAAGCUGGCCAGGCUAAAGCGGCUCAGUAGCUGGAAGUCUUCAGUCAGCGAGGCAAGCUCAAUCAGCAAACUUAGCAGAGCUGUUAGUGCAUCUUCUCCAAGAAAGGCCAUUCCCAAAAAAUCCAACAAGGUUUAUUUUUCAGGAAAAAAACAAUUGUGUCCUAACUGGAUUUUCCAGACCUUGGUUAUAACGCUCAUUGCUGUGAUGGCCUUUUGUGCCUUGACGAUAGUCUCCCUUUACAUCCUUAGCUUAAAAGAUCAAGACAGACGUGCCCCAAAUCUCUCCCUCAGCAACAUCACAAGCUCUCAGGAGCCGGCCCUGCCACCCACAGCCUCCCCCUCAGCACCUAAUACAUCUCUGGCAACCACACAGUCCUCCUUCCGAGUACCGGAAAUCACUUUCUGUGAGAUUCUGCCUUGUCAGGAGAUUUACUGCUGCCCCAUCUGGGGAAAGAGAAGAGUCCUCUCAAGUCUUAUGCAAAGGCAAUCCAACCAGGAGGUGGAAUUCCAUCAGAGGCCAUGGGCAGAAGACAGAAGCAUGUCAUUCCUGGCAAGAGAUGUGCUAACCAACCCUGACUGGGGGACUGACUGGAUUGAUACAACCAUUAGUUCUAUACAGAUUAUGGAAAUCCAGCAAGUAAUAGAUCAUCGGUAUUGCAGUGGAGACCACCGGUGCAGCUCUGGAAAUUACAAUUACAAUAUUCCUGUUAAUAAGCACACACCUGCCAAUGUCAAAUUCUCUCUGGAAAUCAACACAACAGAGCCAUUGAUAGUCUUCCAGUGCAAUCUCACCCUUGGAAAUAUAUGUUUCCGUAGUAAAAGGGAAACCAAAGGGAUACAAAGCCACCAAGAGGUCUCCCAGGAGAUGACACAGGGAUAUCAGCACAUUUGGAGCCUCCCUGUAGCCCCAUUCUUUGAUAGCACAUACCACUUCCGUGUAGCUGCACCGGAUUUAGCUGACUGUUCAACGGAUCCUUAUUUUGCUGGGAUAUUCUUCACAGAUUACUUCUUUUACUUCUAUCGGCACUGUGUCUAAUUUAUUCGAGUUUGCUUGAGGACUUCACUAAGGAAAAAUACUCAGAAAUACGGCUAACAGAAACAACCUCUUGCAGUUUCUUUCUUCUCUUUGUAAAACAUUCACAUUUAUUGCCAUGGGACUUUUUCAAGCUUUGGCUUCUGACAAU